UGCGCUCCUGCAUGUAACUAGGGUAGUCCUACCGGUGUGUGGGCGUGAUAAUUUUUUUCUCCGCAAUCCGCUGAUGGUUUGAGAAACAAACCGGCAUAAAGAGUGGGCGAUAUGCUGCGUGCCCGGACCGACCUCCUGGAUGAGCACGACUUAUCCAAAUUGAUCGUCAGUGUGUGCAACUACUUUUCCUUGGGGCAGACCGAGUUAGCGCGGGCGCUUUGGCGCAUCGUGGCGCAGCGGGAUCUGCCACAGGCACUGCGGGUUUUGAAGAUAAUUUUGUGGCAUGGGCCGCCACGGCAUUGGGUUCCGAGCACUAGCACCCCUUCUUCGGCGCACCUGUGCUGGUUCUGCUUGCACCUGAGUUUGGCCCGCGGACAGCAGCUGCGCAUUCCCCG